AUAUUAAAUAUAAACCAAAAACUUGAAAUUAUGAAAUGUAGUGGAGUAAAAAUUAUGAUAAUAUGCUUUGGAAUGUAUAUUUUCCAAAGAAAAACACUGAUAAAAUACGAAUACUUAAAAAUGUACUUUUAUGUAGAAAGUAAAAAUACUUAAGUAGUGUCCGCCUCUGUAUAACUCAGAUUGUGUUUGGCUGAAAGAAAGGCGCAUAUAUCUUGGAUGGCUUGAGGGUAAGCCUAAGGACUUAUUUUUAUUUUUGGGUGAACUAUUCCUUUAUUAUCAUGAGUCAUUCUCACUUUACAUUGUUUACAUCUCUGCACAUCAUCUGUGUAGUAGCCUAAUAUAUUAUGUGUUAUCUUACUUUUAUUCUCGUCUUUUUCUUUUUUUGUAUAGUUCAUUAUUUGAACUUAAUUUUGUCUUAUUUUUCUAAAAAGAUUAUGCAAGAUCUACAUUUCACUGCUUGUUGUAUGCCACAAUCUUAAAAUGGCUGGGUUAUUUUUGACCCAAAAUGGGUAAAUAUUGGACAGAACACCUGCUGGGUUAAAAAGUCCCCCGUGCUGGGUUAAAAAUUACCCAAUGUUGGGUUGUUGUUAUGUAACCAUGCUGUAUAAUAACCCAGCAGUUGGGUUAAAAUAACCCAGCAUUGGGUCAAUUUUUAACCCAGCACGUGUUCAAGGGGCAUAGCCACAAGGGGGCCUGGGUGGGCCUUGGCCCCCUCAUUUACAUGUCCGGCCCCCUCAGAUUUCCAAUUGCUUAAAAUAAAAUAAGGAAAUAUUUAUUUCUUAGUCUGAUUGAUAGAUUGACCAAUCAAAAUGUUGCGUGGUAAAAUGCAGCUAUUUUCAAACUUGAUUGGAUUAGCUCAUGUCACGCACUGUUGUGCGUAACUUACGCUGUCAUCUUCGCAUAAGAGUUCAUUAAUAUUCGGUGACAAUGUGCCAUCUACAUUCAUAUAUAUAGUUGAGUUGCCCCCUCAUUUUAGGAUAGGACCCCCCAAAAAUAAAAUUCUGGCUACGCCCCUGAUGUGUUGUGUUCUGUCCAAUUACCCAUUAUGGGUCAAAAAUAACACAGCCAUUUUUAGAGUGCAUAAUACAUAUCAUUAGUUAACAUCUUUAGGUAAAGGAUUUAACUUGGUGAACUCUUUAUUAGCUCACUUUUUUACUGUGCUUACUUUUUUACUUGUCCACAUUGUGACCAAAUCAAUUACAGGAUUUUAAGAAAUAACCAAACUUACCAUGUCUAUUUGUUUGAAACAGGUAACAGCUUGUAGCAUGACAAACAUGGACUAUAUCUAUAACGAAACCUGGAACAACACAACCAUAAAUGCGUUAUCCUCAUCAUUCACUGGACUCCAGCUUCUGAUGGAUCUUAAACCUCUCUUCAUACCUCUUUAUGCCAUGCUGGUCCUCGUAGCAAUCUCUGGAAACCUCCUCCUCCUCAUCUUCAUCGGCCUGAACAAGAAACUUCACAGCACUACCAAUUUCCUGAUUGGAAACCUGGCCCUGGUUGACCUAGUGAUGUGCCUGUCCUGCGUUCCUCUGACUGCGUUUUACGCCUUUAAUGAGCGCGGUUGGAUUUUCGGCCGGUUUAUGUGCCACUUUGUUACUCUCAUGCAAACGGCAACUGUGUUUGCUGCGGUUUUAUCUCUGACUGCUAUUGCAGUGGACCGUUAUGUAGUGGUCGCCUACCCUAUUAGGCGGCGUGGAGGUAAAUGUUUCUGCACAUGUCUGGUGUUCAGCAUAUGGCUAUGCGCUUUGGCGAUGUCCACCCCUACUGCUCUACACACCGUGUACCUGGAUCUGAGCGCAGCGGGCCACGAAAUGAUUAUCUGUGAGGAGUUCUGGACCGAGCAGGAGCUCGGUCGCCUAAUAUAUUCCUGUUUUUUCCUGGUCCUCUCCUAUUUUGUUCCUCUAGCAGCGGUUUCCAUCUCAUAUUGUGCAAUUUCUUACCACCUGCAGCACAGAGCUACACCUCGGUUAAUGGCCGCCACGCCCUCCAACCAGGAAAAGUGGGGACGCAGGAGGCGCAAGACGUUCCGACUACUGCUGGUGUCCGUUCUUUCGUUCGCCUUCUCCUGGCUCCCGCUACAGGUGGUGAACCUCAUCCGUGACCUCGACACCGACUUCGCCAUCUUGAACAAGAAUCACGUCAAUGUGGUUCAGGUGUCGUGCCACCUGUUAGCCAUGAGCUCAGCCUGCUACAACCCCUUCAUCUACGCCUCCCUGCACAACAAGUUCCUGCUGUAUCUUUGUCAGAACAUAUUUCAAAGAAGACCUCAUCACACCCAGAGCAGCCUCACAACCUCGAGCCGCAUGAUCCGCGUACGUACUUCCAGUACUCUUGCUGACAUCCCCAUGGCCAUUAGCAAGAUCUCACAAGACUGAAUCCUAACCCGUCUGAGAAAAAGUGUAUCUGCAGGUGUAGGACUGAAGACAGAUUCUGUUCUAUAGCUCAACUGGCAGAUGAUGACAUUAACAACCUCUGAAUCAUGAUAAAAGGUGCAAAAGUUGUCACUGGGAAGGUGCCCUUUUAAAA